CAAAGUGGUAGUGAUAAACGUGACAUCAAAAUGCAGUCUGACGCUUUGUUUUCUGAACAAAGACAAAAAAGAAUGGAGGAAACUGAAUUGCUGAAAGAAAGAUUCCAGGCUAUAACAGACAAAAGAAAACUGCAAGAAGAAAUUGCACAGAAACGUCUAAAAGUUGAAGAGGAAAAAAUGAAGCACCAACAUUUAAAGAAAAAGGCCCUGCGAGAAAAAUGGCUUUUGGAUGGCCUAAGUUCUCUUACUCCAAAAGAGCAAGAAGAAAUGCAAAAGCAGAAUCGGGAGGACCAACAACGGACUCAUGAGCUGGAACAAGACAUUUUCAGAUUGGAGAAGGAAAUUGAGGCUCUGGAAAGAGAGGAAAUAAAAGUCUCAGCUAAGGAAGAAGCAAUUUUAAAGAAGCUUAAGUCUGUUGAGAAAACAACAGAAGACAUAAUAAAGUCUGUGAAGGCUGAAAAACCAGGAGUUGAAAAAGAGGCAGCAGACUACAUAUAUGCCAGCAUACCUGACCUUCCCAAGUAUUUCAAGCCUUCUGCACUGAGGAGCACAGCACAUGCUGCCACCAGUGAUGAAGAAAAGAAAAAAGCACUGUUUGCCAUGGAAAUUAAAGUUGAAAAAGACAUGAAGACAGGAGAAAACACAGUGUUAUCAACAAUACCUCUUCCCUCAAAGGAGUUUAAAGAGACAGGAAUUAAAGUCUAUGAUGAUGGCAGGAAGUCAGUCUAUGCAGUGUCCUCAAAUGGGAGCACAACACAAAAUGGGAUAGAUGAACUUGCUCCUGUUGAAGUGGAAGACCUGCUACGGCAGGCAACUGAAAAAAAUUCCCAGUCUCCCACAGAGUACCAUGAGCCUGUGUUUGCAAACAAAUUUUGCAGACCAGUUACUCCUCAGAAAGAUAAAUUAGUUCCUGGACCAAAGCUGGAAGACACUCAGAGAGGAGAGAUGAACGGAUUUAGCAAUCAGACAGAAUUCUCCUCCAGAAUAGAGCCUUUUAUGCAACAACAUAAAGAGAAUGGGCUUGAUCUUCCAAAGGUAAUACAGCCAAAGUCUCCCUUUCCAGUACUUUCCCAUUCCGAGAAGAAAGUGCACACUAAUCCUGAGAACAGGAUGAUACAUAGUGAAGAAAGAAAAGCUGCACACGAAGAAUUAAAACCUUACCAGAAUACAAGAGAAAGACAUAAUGAGACAAGGUUGUUAAGUCCCUGCCAUCCUAAUGAAACAUCUCCUGCACCUCAAGAUGAGGAAGAUGUUCAAUACAGCAUUGUCCAAGCUGUACCGUGUUAUGUGGAUGAUUCUGAACCUGUAACAAUGAUUUUCAUGGGUUAUCAGCGCAUUGAUGACAAUGAUGCAGAAGCAGACCAAAAGUUGUCACGAUACGAUGGGGUUAUCCACGCAGAAUUAGUUAUCAUUGAUGAUGAUGAAGAUGACAGCAAAUCUGAGAAACCAGCAUAUCAUCCCAUAGGCCACUACAGUCAGGUUUAUCAGCCACCAAGCAGGAAAAUCACAGAAGUCCCACAGACAAACCCUUUGAGCAGCCUGGGCGUGAGCCUGAACAACAUACCCCACAAAAAUUCCAUCUCCCUGCGAGAACAAGAGGAACGCUUAAGCUCACCAACACACCGUGCUCAUCUUCACAGCCAGAUAUCUGGAGAUGGUACCGAAGAUCCCUCCCUAACAGCUCUGAGGAUGAGAAUGGCAAAGCUGGGGAAAAAGGUGAUUUAACAGCUGUAAUGACAUGGAAGUAAAUUUACUACUCAAAGCUGAAUAAAGCUAAGAAGAGUUUCUUCAACAUACCUUUUUUGGAUCAU